AAUUGAGGGGCGAAGCACACGUCGAGCGGGGAAGCGGCGCUGCCUGUGGAGAUCCGUGGAGGCAGAUAGGAUUCGUUAGCUGCUGUCCCCGCUGCCGUGCACUGGGUUAAAAACGUUAACUGACGCCAACCAUGAAAGAUCCAAGGCGCAGCAGUACUAGCCCAAGCAUCAUCAAUGAAGAUGUAAUUAUUAACGGUCAUUCUCAUGAAGAUGACAAUCCAUUUGCAGAGUACAUGUGGAUGGAAAAUGAAGAAGAAUUCAACAGACAAAUAGAAGAGGAGUUAUGGGAAGAAGAAUUUAUUGAACGCUGUUUCCAAGAAAUGCUGGAAGAGGAAGAAGAGCAUGAGUGGUUUAUUCCAGCUCGAGAUCUCCCACAAACUAUAGACAAAAUCCAAGACCAAUUUAAUGACCUUGUUAUCAGUGAUGGCUCUUCUCUGGAAGAUCUUGUGGUCAAGAGCAAUCUGAAUCCAAAUGCAAAGGAGUUUGUUCCUGGGGUGAAGUACUAAAAUAUUUGAGUAGUCGGGGGGCCCUCUUUUGGUGGAUGUAGCACAAUUCCCACACUGUGAAGGCAGUAUUAGAAGACUUAAUUGUAAAAGCUCUCUCAUCACUGUGUUACACUUAUGCAUUGCCAAAGUUUUUGUUAGUCUUGCAUGCUUAAUAAAAGUGCUGAGACUGUUACUAAGUAAAAAGCUGUCAAACAUUUACUGAAACUAGAAUUGGUCCCAUGGCUUGAUGUGAAGACAGCAAGGAAAGAAGCACCAGUCAGAUUGUGAAAAAGCACCAAAUUAAAAGACCUCUAAAUCUUA